AAUUGAUAAGGAACGUUUAUCUAUAAAUAUAUAACAACAACAACAACAACAACAACAACAAUAAUAAUAAUAAUAAUAAUAAUAAUAAUAAUAAUAAUAAUAAUAAAUAUGCUGUUGAUAAUUGAUUUACUAUGAAGCUUGGAAGCUGAAAAUUAUUUUAUGAAUGUGAAUUUUCUACAUUUUAACGAUGUACACUUCACAUUCCGUCGACACAAAGCACUUCACAAAAAUAUAUAAAUUAUAUAAUAAUAUAUAAAUCGGACAACAAUCUGUUUUGUUAUUAACUUUUUUAUGUAUAAAAACCACAUUCAAGUUCUUUUGUUAGCUUCCAAGCUCCUAGCACAUAUAAUUUGGUGCACUCUGGCAACCCUGGUUGAAAGUACAGUACAGUUAGAUAUUGGUCCAGUUCAGUGAUAGGCUGUGACUUGCUGACAUAAGUUGCCAGAUUGAGUAGAAAACUUUACUAUCAAUUAACACUAUUCAGCCGAUUUAUCUAAAAAAAAAUAAAAAAAAAAUUAUUGCUUUAUGACGCUAUUACUGAACCUUUGCUUUUAAUAUUUUCCAGAAACCUGUCCUGUGUUCAUAUAUGAAUUAAUGUUCAGUGAGUUGUGAAGUGUUUACACAGUAUUUGGAAAUGGCAAGUAAAAUCUGGCAACCCUGCCUCUCUCUCUCUCUGCGUUUUGGUCCGCCGCUUCGGGAAAAUCCGGCAGAAAUGAAUGAGGAGCGAAUAUUUCGCAUUGCAUUUCGACUUCAUGCUGCUGAGGUUAUUAUCAAACGUCGUAAAUAAUCAAGCUGGUAAACAAUGAAAAUGAUUACAUGUUCUAUUUUUAACAAUAUAAUAUAUUUAGCGAAGAUGAAUGUGACAGGAGUUGUACUAUACAGAGGACGUUUGGCCUGAUCAUCGGUGUUUUUCUCACAAAAUAUGCGAGUUAAAUCUUGGAUGAAACACUCGUCGCUAAGGUUUUGACAGGCAACUGGAGAAACGUGAAUUCCCGGCUACGUUUAGGACUGUUUUAUGCUACGUUUAGGACUGUUUUAAGAUUGGCCUGUCAUUUUGAUGGUUUAUCUACGCUUGGUACUCGUUGUUAAUCGCCCUUUUGUGUGAGCGCAUGCGCAAUGGCAGGCCGCGAACAGCAUCAGCAUCAACACCAUCCGCAGGUGGAGAUGAAGGCAGAGCUGGAUGAUGCAGAGCUGGCACUGCAGGGCAUAAGUAUGCUCCUCAACAAUGGCUUCAAGGAAAGCGACGAGCUCUUCAGGAGAUACAGGACCCAAAGUCCACUGAUGAGCUUCGGGGCCAGUUUUGUGUCCUUCCUGAAUGCCAUGAUGACGUUUGAGGAGGAGAAGAUGCAGAUGGCCUGUGAUGACCUGCGUACCACAGAGAAGCUAUGUGAGAGUGACAAUGCUGGUGUCAUCGAGACCAUCCGCAAUAAAAUCAAGAAAAGUAUGGACUCUCAGACGUCAGGGUCAGCAAUAGUGGAUCGACUCCAACGGCAGAUCAUAGUGGCUGACUGCCAGGUAUACCUCGCUGUGCUCUCGUUCAUCAAGCAGGAACUAUCGGCAUACAUUAAAGGAGGCUGGAUCCUCCGCAAGGCUUGGAAGAUGUACAACAAAUGCUACAGUGACAUUAGCCAGCUACAGGAAGCAUGUCGAAGGCGUUCCUCUGAUCAGGCAAAUCACAACACACCUGUUGCCGAGAGCAAUGGCGGGCUGACGGAGGAGGCACUGGGGCGCCUGAAAGGCUCGGUCAGUUUUGGCUAUGGCCUUUUCCAUCUCUGCAUAUCUAUGGUUCCUCCCCAUCUACUGAAGAUAGUCAACCUGCUGGGAUUUCCAGGAGAUCGACACCAGGGUCUGGCGUCACUCAUCUACGCAAGUGAGAGCAAAGACAUGAAAGCACCAUUGGCCACUCUGGCUCUCUUGUGGUACCACACAGUGGUGCAACCCUUCUUUGCUCUGGAUGGCUCUGAUUCCCGGGCUGGGCUGCUUGAGGCCAAAACCAUUCUCCAGAAGAAAGCAGUAAUUUACCCCAACUCCUCUCUCUUCAUCUUCUUUAGAGGACGAGUACAGAGGUUAGAGUGCCAAAUAAACGGUGCACUGGCAUCUUUCCAUGAUGCCCUGGAGUUUGCUUCAGACCAAAGAGAGAUCCAGCAUGUGUGUCUCUAUGAGAUCGGGUGGUGCAGUAUGAUUGAGAUGAACUUUGAAGAUGCUUAUAAGGCUUUUGAAAGACUAAAAAAUGAGUCCAGGUGGUCACAGUGCUACUACGCUUACCUUACUGGAGUAUGCCAGGGUGCAUCAGGUGAUUUGGAGGGGGCAAACACUGUUUUCCGAGAUGUACCUAAGCUCUUCAAGCGCAAGAACAAUCAGAUCGAGCAGUUUGCAUUCAGGAGGGCAGAGCGAUUGAGGAAACUGGGUGCCACACAGGAGCUGUGCAUUCUGGGAGUUGUAGAGGUGCUCUACCUGUGGAAGGCCCUUGCAAAUUGCUCAUCUUCCAAACUGCAGCUCAUGAGCCAAGUGCUGCAGGGUCUGGACGACCCAUCCUGCCUUGGUUUAAAACACCUGCUUCUUGGUGCUAUACAGAAAUGUCUCGGAAACAUAAAAGAUGCUAUUCAGUCAUAUCAGAUGGCAGCCAGGGAUGAGCUGGGCCGACUGAGCAACUCUUAUGUGCAGCCGUAUGCCUACUACGAGCUAGGAUGUGUGUUACUGGCUAAGCCUGAGACUUUGAGUAAAGGAAGGUCAUUGUUGCUUCAGGCAAAGGAGAAUUGUACAGGAUAUGACUUUGAGAACAGACUGCAUGUGCGAAUCCACACAGCCCUCGCCUCUGUAAAGGAAGUGGUCCCUCUGUGACCCCAGCCAACCCAGGAAGCGCAUUUUACAGGGACCAGUCCUGUUUGGCACCUUUUAAAAUGCAAGCCAUUAAAAUUGUUCUCUUUUUUGUUUGUUUGUUUGUUGAAAACCAAAAUGAUGCUAAAUUAUUUUUAUUUGCAUAGGUUGAUCACCAGUAGUAUUUCUAUUUUUAUUUUUUAUGUAGGUGGAGUUCCUGUUUUUAAGUAAUAGAUUAUGCUUUAAGUAGAUUAUGUUGCUACAUUUCAGAGUUCAGUUAAAGGUAGCUGACCCAUUACACUGAUGAUUGUUUCUAUUUCUGAAUGUUUUGUCCUUUUUUUUGUCUUUGAAUAUAUGUUAAAUUUUAGACAGAAUAUCUUGGAAAGGAUAAGAAAAAUGUUCUGAAUUUGGCUGGGUUUAGAUUUGAUUUUAAUUUUAGAAUGUGUGUCAUUAGAAUAAUACAAGUUUAACACUACCUACCUAACACUACCUAACACUAUUAUUAUAUUUACACACACCUUAAUGUCAGAGGAAGGCAGUUUUCUAAAUAAGGCCUUUAUCAUGUUGAACUUUUUUCUCUAAUAAACAUAAUCCCCCUGAAAGAAAUAGCAUUUACCCCCAUUUUGCAUUUUACAAGAAUUAUCUGUGUAUGAUCUGAAAAUGUAAUUAGAAAUAAGCACUGUGUGAUAAUGUGUUGUUUUAAUUCCCAGAUAACUACUAGAAUUGCUCAUGAACGUCACUUCAUCUUUACUGGGAAUUUUGAAUAUGAAUGAAGGUCUUAGAAGCUAGUUUACUGCUAGUAAACAAGCUCACACUUGUCAAGAGGGAUCUCACUAUCACAGACCCAUAUGCAUUUUCUCAACAGUUUUUAGCUGGGUAGCUGAGCAGGUCCUGUUUCCUCUGAAAAUCUUCAUGUCAGAUGUGAAAGAUUUAAAUCCAGCAGCCCUUACACUUCCCAAAUACGUUUUAUUAAUUUAUAAGAAGUUCUAAAUGGGAAAAUGUAGAUUCAGCAUUUGUUAACAAAUUUGAAACAAAGACCAAUUUAUAGUAUCAAAAUUAAUUGGCCAUCCAUGAGCAGUUAAACAGUUAAAAUCACAUUUUUGCAUUCAGGGAUAUUAAGGGGUAUACAAGAAAAAAUUGAAAAGUUACAGCUACAAAAAUGACUUAUGAUUGCUCAUGUAUAGAUAAGUGAUUGACAUGGCUAAAAGGCAACAGUUACUUUUUAAUGCUUAACUCUUAAUGAUUCGUUUAUGAAUAUACAUAAGACAAUUUCAAGUCAAUGUUUUUACAUGGCACUUCAUGUUAGCAUUUUAGCUAGUGCUACAGACUGAACAGAUCAGAUUUCAAACUUGAAAUGAAGAAUAAUACUUCUCUGCUUAAUCAUCUUUAAAAAUUCUGUUUUCCACAUCAAGUCAUAUAGUCACUUCAUUAAUCAGCCCAGAGUGCAUAAAUGAAACUGGAAUCACUGAACUUUCAUUUAGUCCGUUGAAAUACUUUACUCUGUUCAGCAUUUGAUGCAUUUAGAGCGUUUCUGCUAAGUUUACAUACAUAAACCUUUUAAAGAUUAACUCGGCAACACUUCUCUAAUCAGUGUUUUUUACAGUAAUCAAAUGUGCUGAGUGAUACUUGAUGCAUGUGUUGUCUGCAUUGCAGAGAUAUGCACAGUUCAGUAGUCUAAAAUUUGUAAUCCUACUAAUCUCCCAUCACUAAGACAAGUUUGAGGUGAUCAAAAAUCUGAAUUCCUAUCCACUAAAUCAUUGCUAAAUCAUUGUUCUCAUUAACACACUGGAAAUGUGUGAACUGAGUCAGCUUGCCACUGUUAGUGCAGAAGACCAUGAUCCCAAAAUCAACUGUGAGAAAAAAAGUGAUUAUUCAGGGAAAGAAUCCCACAUGGAUAGUGUUAUUUAACCAAUCACAUUAAUUGUCUUGGUCUUAAUCAUGAGACAUACAGUAAGAUACAUAAUAAAAAUAUAACCUUCAAAAUAUUGACCAUAUUUAAAUGAUUCUGUGCAUGACAAGAAAUAUCAUUAAAUCAGACUGCCAUCUUUUCACAUUGUCCUCAAUAUCUUGUCCAGAUUACAACUAAUAUGAUACUGAUUACCUUCUGUUUUCGUUGCUGUUGAUUCUAUAUGUUUAAGCUUGUUCAUAGCACCUGGUGAAAGUUUUUGUAUUAGCUUGCUUUCAUUGUUAUAUCAUUACUAUUGGUAACAAUAAGACAUUAUUUUCACUUACUCAAAUUUCCUGCUAUAUAGUUCUCAAAGUGGGGUUCUUGACAUACAGCCAAGGGUACAGUUACUUUAUUUCUAUUUUUUCAUGAGGGUAAAGUGGGAGAAAUCCAUAGACUAUUAUCAAAGAUUUUAUUCAGUUAUAGCCCACUAUUUUUAAACUAGGGCAUACAAACAUAAUUUCAACUCAAAUAUAAAUACUAUGGUAGUCAAGCUAGAAAAAAAACUAUUAAUAAUGGUUUUAUAAUUGAUUAAUUGAUUGAUUGAUGUCCCUAAUAUUGAAAUAAUAGGACUUCACUCAUACAAUACCUCAUUUCUGCAAUGAUAUUAUUUUUUAAACUGCAAAGACUCCCUGGCUGCAAAAGAUGUGAGAACCAUAGAGAUCUAUACAGUUUUAUUUUUUAAUAUUUCUGAUCCUUUAAAAAUCAUUUAGUAGUUGUUAGUACAGUACAUAUAGAUGACACGGUUUCAUGUGUCAUGUUCAUGUUAGAUGACAUACUCUUGAUGCAUUAGAUAAUCAGCCUGUUAUAUCACUCCAGUUGCAUGAGAUGAGUAAUAAAGCAUAAGCAUAUUCUGCCUAGACUGAAACACUAUGAAUAUAUUAAUAUGGUUAAAUAUGUUCAGGUAGUUUUCCACUUUAUUUACAAGUUUAUUUCCACUAAAACAUAUCAACCCCAACUACAAGUUUUCUGAAGAAUCAUUCAUGAGCUACAAGAAUUAUCUCUAUGCUUUACACUGAAGGAUAAUCUCUCAGUACUGGUUUUGACCACUCACACAGCUACCUUGUUUUUUACUUUUAUUUAAAGGAUGGAAUAUAUGCCUCUAUGCUAUUACUUACUUUUUUCAUUUCAUAUGUCAUAUAAAAUAUUCUUUAAUAAUCCUUGACCUUUAUUUUGUUGUUAUUUCAUUCCCGAUCAUUUUCAGUUUGAAGUAUGGAGGAUGAAAUGUGAUUUGUUCUUUCUUCUUCUUCAACAUUACUUUGUUGAAUGCCAUUGAAAUAUGGCAUUACGGCAAUUGUACAUUUUAAAUAUUUUGAUCAUGUGCAAAAUAAGUCAGAAUCUCACAUUUGCACUGAUCAUUUGUGUGUUUUACUGUUAAGUGCCCAGGUAAUGUGUUGCUAUGUUAAUCCUAUAUGCAUAACCAUAACUAAUAUUCUGUACUGUAAUGUCACUGAGACCGUAAAGUGUGUAUGACUGGCAUUCCAGCCAGUUGUCCCUGGAUUAAAAUGUGUUCUUAAUACCCUUACACAUCAUGGUCAUCACAUUUGUAAUAUCUAUACAUGUACUGAUUUCUUUCAUAAACUGAGAACAUAUUAGCUACUGCAUGUGGGCUUCCAAACCAAGCCAUCUUUCAUUCCAUAGGCUAAAAUUUUAAAAACAAGGUAUUAAGCAGGUGCUUGAUAAAACUAUACAGUAGAAGUUUGAAAUUCCACAACUAUUAUUAAUUAAUCAAAUUCGUGUUAAGGCCUUUUGUCUUUUACAUUCCACAUAAAACUCCACCAUAUUCCCAGAGUUUUGUAUAUAUUUCAAAUAUUUCUGAAAGUUCUUGUAAUUGUCUAUUUUGGGACUAUGUCAGAGAUAUCAAAAAUUCAGCAAUAGAAAUUUUGGGCCAUAGACACAGUACAGGAAUCAGAUUUUGGGGCUUUGCCAUAAAGUCCUCAGAGUUUCAUGGGCUAAUGAUUCAUAUCAGAAGGAAUUCAGCAUUUUAACAGGAACUGGAUAUCUUGUCUGUGUUUUCUUCCUUAAACUGGACAAAAUGUAAAACUAUUACAAAUAAAUUAAUAAGAACAAA